AAUGGAUGAUGUUGAAAUUAUUUAAUUCAAUAUUAAACUCUGGACAAAAUUUCCCCUGGGAUAGGCGUCCAACUUCACUCUGCUGCGGUGUGACAUGCAGAAGUCAAAGUAGCGGCUACAAAUUUGUUUUGUCAUUGGUGUCAGGGAGUGAAGAUGUUUCGAAAUCAAUAUGACAGCGACGUUACCGUAUGGAGUCCACAAGGACGACUCCAUCAAGUCGAAUACGCCAUGGAAGCCGUCAAGCUCGGUUCUGCAACUGUAGGUCUGAAAAAUAAGGACUACGCAGUACUCGUUGCACUAAAACGUGCUUCAUCCGAGUUGGCAUCCUAUCAGAAGAAAAUCAUUCCCAUCGAUGAUCAUUUAGGCAUUUCAAUAGCUGGUAUCACUGCCGAUGCCCGACUCCUAAGUCGAUACCUUCGCUCCGAGUGUUUGAAUUAUAAAUAUUCGUACGACACUGCGUAUCCUGUGCCACGACUGAUCAUGAACUUGGGAAAUAAGAUGCAAGUGACAACACAACGUUACGAUCGACGUCCUUAUGGCGUUGGGUUGCUCGUGGCAGGCUACGAUGAUCAAGGACCGCAUAUUUAUCAAGUUGUUCCCUCGGCAAAUUAUUAUAAUUGCAAGGCGAUGUCAAUUGGAUCACGGUCGCAAAGUGCUCGUACCUAUUUGGAGCGUCAUUUGAAGGAGUUUAAGAAUCGGACGAAGGAUGAGCUGAUUAUCGAUGGAAUUAAAGCUUUGAAGAGUUCACUGCCCAAUGAUGAAUCGUUGUCGUCUUUGAUGGAAAUCUCAAUCGCCGUUGUCGGCAAGGAUCAACCCUUCAAAAUUCUCGAUGAUGAGGAAACCAAACAAUAUCUAGACCGUACACCACCAGUCGGACCACAACCUUCCUCAGCAGCAGCUGCACCGGCAGUCCCUGGCCCUGGACCAGGUCCAGAGGAGGACUACCCGGAACGCGAUCCGCCGGCGGACCCCGCCGUAGACGUGGGCACAAUGGAGCAUUGAACGCCCAUUCCUUUAUCGCCCACGAUCAUUCACCUUCGUUAUUUUUCUUUUUUGUACGGGGGACUAGGGAAUUUUGAGUGGGGAUUCGUUGCUAGUUUUGUUUUUAGGAAGAACGUGACUAGUAGCGGAUCCCCACUCAACACAUUGCGAUCAGAUGAGCUUUACAGUUAUUUAGACACUGUAUUUGGUGUUAUACUUAUCUAAUAUGCUUCAAUUUAAAUUCUUUUCGUUUUAUAAUAAAAUUGAGAUAUGAAUAAAUGUCUUUUGCAGUCAA